ACUGGGGUCCCGACUCCGGACCUGCCCGGUGGGUCGCAGUGCCCAUUGUUGUACGCUUCUUCUUUUUGCCUCCACUUAUCGGAUCUUAAUUUGUGCUAUUUAUUACUACCUAGUUCUUAUUUGAUUCCAGGUUAUGUCUAUUUAGUGUAUUAUGCUGACUAGAUGUUUCUUUAGAUCUUUGUAUGUGGUAUCCUUUGCACAGUGUGCAACACUAGUUGUCUGUGGACCAAGGCAGAUUUUUCUACACUGGGGAAAUUACAACUUGAAGAGAAUCAAUCCCAUUUGCAAAAGAAAGAUGUCAAAUGAAUCUUGUUCUGGAGUGAAAUUGCUUGGACAGAAGGAGGCACAAGAUAUUGAUAAUGAGCUUUUUAACGACUAUAAAUUCAGUGUUGACCAGCUAAUGGAAUUAGCAGGAUUGAGUUGUGCACAUGCAAUCGCAAGAGCAUAUCCUAUUACUGAUGAUAAAAAAUCUUCGAAGACAUUGGUAAUAUGUGGACCUGGUAAUAAUGGAGGAGAUGGAUUAGUUUGUGCAAGACAUCUGAAACUUUUUGGUUAUGAACCAGUUAUUUAUUAUCCUAAAAGGCCGAAGAAAACCUUGUUUGAAAAUCUUGUGACUCAGUGUGAAAAGAUGAAUUUAGAAUUUGUAGAUUCUAUGCCAUCUAUCGGCAAUCUCGAAAAAUAUGAUUUCAUCGUAGAUGGCAUAUUUGGCUUUAGUUUCAAACCUGGAUCUGGGGUGAGGCCUCCGUUUGACGAGAUCUUAAAAACUUUACAUGAAACUAAAGUGCCUAUUUGUAGUAUUGAUGUUCCAUCUGGAUGGGAUGUUGAGCAAGGACCUGCUGCUAUGAAUCCCAACUUAACAUUCGAAGCAGAUUGUUUAAUUUCGCUCACAGCACCUAAAUUAUGUGCAAAAUUUUUCAAAGGCCGCCAUCACUUUUUGGGAGGUAGAUUCGUACCAGAGUCUUUGGAAACUAAAUACUCGUUAAAUUUGCCAAAAUAUCCUUCCACAGAUUGCAUAUUGGACUUGAAAUGUUCUCUUUAGUAUGACCGAGAAACGGCAUCAAUUACCUUAUGCUUUUUAAUAUACUUUUCUUGAAAUGAGCAAUUCUUUUAAUGCAACUAAUGUUUCACUUUUACAUCAUAUCAAUUGUAAGUUGUUUGAUUGCGCUACUGAACUUACUGAAUUUACAGCAGCUGGGUGUCCCAACAAUUCAUCUGAUAUGCUCGGAUCAUAAUUUGGAGCAAUGCUUUAAAGUUUAAACAAUAACAUGCGUGGUAUCCGAUUUGGAAUGUCGACUUCUGAUUUCCUUAGGUUAUACAGAAAAUUGCUGGUAAACAAAGAAACCGUAUUUUGGAUCUUUUUUAUUGAGAACUAUGACUUAGCAACGGCGGUAAAUCUCUAAUAUAACGAUAAAACCAAUAACAAGUCGAGCUUUUUUCGCUUUGUUUUUACCCUUUGGAUGUGGGAUACACCAUACUAGGUAUUGUGUUGUUAAUUGCAAAAUCAAUAUAACACGUGGUGUGGGAGAGAUAUAUGCAGCAGUCUCACAUCUACUAUAAUUGAGUUUGCAUCAAAAUUGAAUUCCCGUUCAACGUCUAGCUCGAAGUAUUUGUUCGAUAGUAAUUGCUUGUUGGACAUUUACUGUGUCCAGCUUCAUUGCCUUAGAUACGGACUUGUGUAGUUGUGCAAAUUCUAAUCAUGUUAAUCAAUUUCUCCAAUUGAAUAAACUGCCUAUAUUUA